AGACUCUGAGUAGUGGUACUUCUGAACUUUGAGCGGGAAAACAGUGUCUCGAUCGUUCCGAUAAAUCCAUGGAAGUCCAAGCAUAAUAGGAGGAGGAAAAGAAAUCUCUUCUUAGAAAUGAAAAGGAAGCUGGUAUAUGAGACAGUAAAUGAAGUGCCAUGUAAGAGUGAAAAUUCGUCCGUGCCUUAUGUUGAAAAUUAUCAGAUAGACUAUGAACCUCUACAUUUUUUAAGAUGUCAUUCAAGAAAAAAUGACCCAGCAGAUAUUCAGACUCAGGUUUGGCAGUGUGCCUUUGAACCAAACAGAGAUGACCAAAAGAAAACCACAAAUGUAGUUGCAACAUGUGGAGGAAAUAGCAUUUGUUUGAUCAAUGUAAAAACAGGAGAGGUGACAGGGAAAUUUAGUUCAAAGGAUUUAAGGGAGAUGUUCUACUCCAUAGCCUGGACAACGCUGUUUGUUGAGCUGGCUGAUCCCCCACAGAUGAACAUCCUAGCUGCUGCCGGAGCAAGAGGAACAUUACAUCUGAUCCAUCCUGAGGGUGGCGUGGCUUUUUUUGAGUGCCAAAUUAUCAGAUCGAAGACAGUGACUGUAAGCAGUUUGCUGUUUCAUCCUAAACAGUGCAGCAUAUUGUUCUGUGCUCUGAGUGAUGGACAAGUGAUGGGAUGGGACAUUGGUUCUCCCUCUCCUCCAGAUUAUAACAUGAAGCUUAAUUGUCUGCUGACAUUAGAAGCAAGGUUGGAAAUAUUUAACCUUGUUUAUUCACUGCAAGGGAAUAUUCUUAUGGCAGCUUGUAGCAUUGGUGUAUGUGGAUGGAUUGUGACGCAGGAAGCAUUACAGAAGAAGAGUGACAGUCUGCCAAUACUGAAAUUCCAAUUUCCACGGAAACAUAUUCAGAACACAAGUGAACCCCAACUGGUUGAUUCUCUGGUACUUCUGGGGGACGGUAUGGUAGGUACCAAGUGCGCUCUUCAUGGUGUCAUAUACGUGUGGGACCUGAUGGCAACACUUGCUGCAAAUGGAGAGGAGCAACAGCUCACAGUAACACCAAUCCGUGUCUUGACCUGGAGUAAUACUGAUAAUUACUUCAUGAAUAUGGGGUGUCAUCCAGUGGCAGGCCUACUUGUUUGUGGAGAUGACCGAGGAGCUCUGUGGCUGUAUAACCUCAAGGAAGCAAUGCAGGUGAAAGAACAGACACAUGAAGUGCAGCCUUUGACUAUUCUGGACUGGCCAGACAUCACAGACAUGAAUCUUGACCGCAAUCGGAAACUACGUCUUGAUGUGUAUGACAUUGUUGUGGACAGUGUGGCAGUUAGCUGUACUGGGAAAUAUCUGGUGGCUGUCACCAGUAACAACAUGGUCUGUAUUUGGAAAAAAAUGAAAAGUUGGAAGAAAUAAAAGCAUCUUGCAGAAAACCUGUGGUUAUACCUUCUCUUUUGCAUGCACAUUUCACAGUAUGCAAGAACCUCAUUAAAUUCUGCAGGCCAGUCUGUAAGAACUGCACCUCA